AUGCCAGGCACUAUCGUUAACGGGGAAGGGCUUACGCCCGAACAGGUCGAUUUCUUCAACGAGAAUGGCUUCCUAGUCAUCCCUUCAUAUCUCUCCUCUGAAGAGAUCCAGUCCCUCCUCACCACCACCAAUGAUCUUCUAGAGAACUUUGACCUCGCAAAUCACCCCAUGACUCGCUUCACAACCGGAGACGAUGGAGACGCUGAAGGUGACGAGAAGGCCAAACACGUUGGAGAUGAUUACUUCCUUUCCUCCGGCGACAAGAUUCAUUUCUUCUUUGAGCCAGAGGCAGUUGCGCCACCAGAUGGAACCACCCAAGAUAAAACGCCGAGGUUAUUGAAGCCGAAACAUCUUGCGAUCAAUAAGAUUGGCCACGCGCUACAUAGCAAAUCUCCACCAUUCGAGAAGGUUACGAUUUCCAAGCGAAAUGCGGCUAUUGCCCAGUCAUUGGGGUUCAAGGAUCCCAGGUGUCUGCAGAGUAUGGUGAUUUGCAAACAGCCUAGUAUUGGUGGGCCGGUACCUGCGCAUCGCGACUCGGAGUUUCUGUAUACUUCGCCUCCGUCUGCAGUCGGGUAUUGGGUUGCACUGCAAGAUGCGACACCCGGGAAUGCGUCGUUGGGUAUGUGGAAAGGCUCCCACAAGGGGAGGAAAGGAGGUCAUAUCCGUCGACGAUUUGUGCGCGUUGAAGGAGGGGGCACAACAUUCAUUGCCAACGACGGGCCUAGUCUACCUCUAGGCAAGGAUGAGGAGGUAUCUGGACAGGAAGAAGAUGAGGAUUUUGAGAUUCUGAAUGUCAAAGCUGGGGAUUUGGUGCUUAUUCAUGGCAAUGUGUUGCACAAGAGUGAGAAGAAUACGAGCGAUAAGAGUCGGUAUGCGUAUACGUUUCAUGUUAUUGAGGGAGCUGAGGGAUGGACAUAUGAUGAGCGGAAUUGGCUGCAGCCGCCGGCGGAGGGCUUCUCGCGGUUAAAUGCUGCUUUAGGAGGGCAAUGA